UAAUGAUCAAUAUUUUGCCAAUUUGUAAUUAUUAAACUAGCCUCAGUGGUUUUCUGUACCAUCAGCUUUGGAAGCGUUCCCUGGAGUAGCCCAAGGUCCGCCAUGUUGUUGUACGGAUUGAUGCAAGUUUAGUGGAGAGUGGAGAGUGGAAGCGGUUGGAAGUCUAGGUCACACUCACAACCAGCGACUUUGUGGACUAUUCUGCUGCCAUCAUGUCGUUAAACGCAUACCGGUUGAUUCGUGGUACUUUAGGGUGCAUCUUUUUUCAACUCGUCUGUUGAUUUAUUUCCUAGAGCAUUUGUGUAGCUUCGAUAGAACUUCAUCUUUCUACUCAUCUCCCAAGCACAAACCGAUUGCUGCAUGGAUGGAGUCAGGAUGAGGUUGACUGUGAUUUCGAGGGUUAAAUAGCACAUAUUUUGCUCGGAAAGAGAAACGGUUGGAAAUACAAACUGAGACGCAUGUGACAGAAGGACGUGGAUUUUUAAAAGACGCCAGUAUGGGCUGCAUCGAGAGUAAAGAAGACAAAGGUCCCACUAUGAAGUACCGACCGGAUACCACCCCUGCCUCUGACCCCAGCACCGCCACCCCGCACGUGGGCCACUACGGGCCGGACCCCACCCAGCUCCAGCAGAACCAGUCCCCUCCCUCAUCUUCGGGCCCGGCCGCCGGCUUCAACAGCCACGUCAUCACGCCGUUCGGAGGCGCCUCAUCCAUCAUGACGCCGUUCGGCGGGGCGUCGUCCUCGUUCUCGGGUCCCAUUCCGACUGUGUCAGGUGGGGUAACCUUCUUCGUGGCCUUGUACGACUAUGAAGCCAGGACUUCCGACGAUCUGUCCUUCAAGAAAGGAGACCGCUUCCAGAUCAUAAACAACACAGAAGGGGACUGGUGGGAGGCUCGCUCCAUUAACACGGGGAAAAGUGGCUACAUACCCAGCAACUACGUGGCUCCUGCCGACUCCAUCCAGGCUGAAGAGUGGUACUUUGGUAAAAUGGGCCGUAAAGACGCUGAGAGGCUGCUACUGAAUCCAGGAAACCAUCGAGGCACCUUCCUGGUGCGAGAGAGUGAAACUACUAAAGGGGCUUACUCUUUGUCUAUACGAGACUGGGAUGACACCAAAGGGGACAACGUGAAACACUACAAAAUCCGCAAACUUGACAACGGAGGUUACUACAUCACCACUCGGGCGCAGUUUGAUACGCUACAGAAACUUGUUAAACACUACACUGAACACGCUGACGGGCUGUGCCACCGGCUGACCACAGUGUGUCCCACAGUGAAGCCCCAGACCCAGGGCCUGGCCAAGGACGCCUGGGAGAUCCCCCGCGAGUCCCUCCGCCUGGAGCUCAAACUGGGCCAGGGCUGCUUCGGAGAGGUCUGGAUGGGCACAUGGAACGGUACCACCAAGGUGGCCAUCAAGACCCUGAAGCCAGGCACCAUGUCCCCCGAGGCCUUCCUGCAGGAGGCCCAGAUCAUGAAGAAGCUGCGGCACGACAAGCUGGUGCCUCUGUACGCCGUGGUGUCUGAGGAGCCCAUCUACAUCGUCACAGAGUACAUGGCCAAAGGAAGUUUGCUGGACUUCCUGAAAGAAGGCGAUGGUAAAUUCCUGAAGCUUCCUCUGCUGGUGGAUAUGGCAGCACAGAUCGCUGACGGCAUGGCGUUCAUCGAGAGGAUGAACUACAUCCACAGGGACCUGCGCGCCGCCAACAUCCUGGUCGGAGACAAUCUGGUGUGCAAGAUCGCUGACUUUGGUCUGGCCAGACUCAUAGAAGACAACGAGUACACAGCCAGGCAAGGAGCCAAGUUCCCCAUUAAGUGGACCGCCCCCGAGGCUGCCCUGUACGGGCGCUUCACCAUCAAGUCUGACGUCUGGUCCUUCGGUAUCCUGCUGACAGAACUGGUCACUAAAGGCAGAGUGCCUUACCCAGGCAUGGUAAACCGGGAGGUGCUGGAGCAGGUGGAGAGGGGGUACCGUAUGCCCUGCCCCCAGGGCUGCCCUGAGUCCCUCCACGAGAUGAUGAAGGUCUGCUGGAAGAAGGACCCAGACGAGAGGCCCACCUUCGAGUACCUGCAGUCCUUCCUAGAGGACUAUUUCACAGCCACAGAACCACAGUACCAGCCUGGGGACAACCUAUAGUCAGAUUGAUCGGACUGCAGCACGGCCUAAACACUCUGUGUAUCCCUCUGUCCUGGAUUGCGGACUAGUUCUUGAGAAGAGGAGGGAACACGAUGAAUGAUGUACUGAGAGCUCUAGAAAGCUAACUGGAAGCUGUCCUUAUGAGUUGCACAUACCACUACAUUUCAUGUUUGUUUUUAAGUACAACAAAUGUACUUUAUUUUCCAUUUAUUUACAAACACAAGUUUCACUGUUUGUUUAGGUACUACUUGUCUGCUUUGACCAUAAAAGUUUCCCUUGUUUAAUUUCGUUGAUACUUUCCUGAAGUGACCAAUCAGUUUUUUGUUGUGUUUCUGAUGUUGUUAAAUCAUGGAAGAGGCAUAUGACUAGGUGUCUCAACUAGGCUCUUUGGAUGAAGAGCUUUUUGAGGGUUUGAAAAUGAACAAUUUCUAUUUUGUGUUCCAUUUUGUACUCACUGCAUUUUAUCAGUUUGACUGGAAUCUUUCUUUUAUUUUCUGUUUAUCUGAAUGGGUGACAUUAGUGAUGCGUAUAGACUGAUAUCAAAAAAGAAUUAUAGCUUUCUGUGAAGUCCGUCAUCUGUUUUUCUGUUAGCUUCAAAACUUGUUCAUAACAUUAACAGCAGUUUUUUUUUCCUAGGCCUGUCACAGAUGAUUGCUAGGUCAAGUUCCACAAUUUCUUGAAUUCACUCCAGUGAAUGAGCCUUGCGAGACUGAAGCUGUCUCUAUCACUGUGAGCCUGCUGAAUGUUCAGCUGUAAGAUGACUCAACCUAAACCAAUGGUAACCGAGGCGGUGACAGUCACUCAACAGUUGUUUCUACACAUAUCAUGACACGACUACAUGACUUGUGGUGCUUGAGAAUUAAUUUGAAAAUAAGGCGAGAUAAAUACCUUUAAAGUCCAGAACUGUUAACAGACCCACCAAAUAUAGCCGUGGUUGUUUUACUUAUUGUGAAUACCCCAAGGCAUUGUGGUCUGCUCGUGUUAGUCUCCAGGCUUUGCAUCUGCAGUCUUAAACAGUGGUGGCCAAGCCAAUGGCCUUAUUGACCAGCUGUUUUUUUUCAUUUGACUUCAAGUUAUGUCCACAAAGGAGACAUUGCCAAAGUACCUAAAAACUGUUCUUCUGUUUUACUUAUUGAAUGGAAAACAUUGUGAAUUCAAAUCAGUGGCAAAGAGAAAUAUUUGUAUUUCUUUUUUUUAUGGGUCAUUAAGAAAACAUGUAAACCAGUACAAACAAAUUGUGCAAUUAUAAUUUUUUAUACUGAGUGUCACCUGGGUGUCAAAGUUGUUACUUUGUUACAUGUCACUUUUAACUUUUACUUUCUAGACUCAAGUCAGCACGGUAGCCUGUGUGAUUGAGAAUUAUCUGCAGAUGGUCCAAUGAUUUAAUUUAAGGGCUUUGUACAAAGUUGUGAAAUCCUCUUUUGUUUAGAAUAUGAAGAAAAUUGCGAUGCCAUGUUCUAUGGUGGUAUAGUGAAGAAAUAACUACGGUUUGAAUACGAAUCUGAGGAAUUUGUACAGUUGAAAAAUAAAACAUUUCUGAUUUUAAA